CGCUGUGUUUGCAGAACUCUGGUGAGGGGUUAAAAGGGGAGAUACAGCAUUAGACUCACCCAAACCUGGUCUGGAACUGGACAGAAUGUCGACCUCCAUGCAUUGCCAGGAGCUCCUCGUGCAGGGCCUGAGCGUGGCGAUGAUCUUGGGUGGGGUAAUGCACUUUAUAUGUCUAAUGAAGUCUCACGCUGCCUAUGGCCGCUACGUGGACACCUCGGGCAGCUCCAUGAUGGUGCCUGCAAGGCUCGCCUGGUUCCUCCAGGAGCUUCCCGCUCUGCUGGUGCCCCUGAUUUUGAUGCUGACCACGGAUGGAAACAAUGGCACUGGGAGAAACCUGAUGCUCUGGACCUUCUGCCUGCACUACUUCCAGAGGAGCUGCAUCUACUCCCUGCUGACCAACGGGCGGCCGUAUCCGCUUAACAUCAUGCUGUUAGGGAUGGUGUUUUGCUCUAUUAAUGGCUUCCUGCAGGCACACUAUCUGCUGCACUGUGCUACAUAUCACAAUACAUGGUUUUCUGAGGCCUGUUUACUAGCCGGUCUGAUAAUAUUUUUCAUAGGAAUGGGAAUCAAUAUUCACAGUGACCACAUUCUUCGCAGCCUGAGAAAACCUGGAGAAAUUUCCUAUAAAAUCCCGAGAGGUGGUUUGUUUGAGUAUGUGUCUGGAGCUAAUUUUUUUGGGGAGAUUGUAGAGUGGCUGGGCUACGCUGUUGCUACCUGGUCUUUACCCACAUUUGCCUUUGCUUUUUUCACAAUUUGCUUCAUAGGCCCGAGAGCCUAUCACCAUCACAGGUUCUAUAAUGAGAAGUUCGAAGAUUUCCCCAGAUCAAGAAGAUCUCUCAUACCCUUCAUCUUCUAAAGAGCCAUGACAGAUAAAUGGAGUUUUGUUCUGAUAGGAGGAAAGAAUUCAACUUCUCAGUUGCUACGAUUUACACCUGUACUUUUGGUUUGUUUUCAUUACCUGAUUUAGCAUGCUGCAGGAAAGGUUCUACAAUUUAUGUCUUGAGCAUAAUGGUUUUGACAUUCUGUAUGAUAAUGGAUUAAUCACAACAGAACACUUUACUACAACUUAGUCUUUUUUAUCAUUUGUACAGUAUGUUAUUGCAGUUGUUAGUGAAUUUGUGUGUAACUGUGUGUAAUUUUUAAAUAUUUUCUCGUAUUGCAGCUUAAUAUGCAGACAGAACUAUAAGUAGGCUUAUUUGUCCAAAAGGUGUAAACAUUGUGUGACUAUGUGGUGCUGUUACAACAUGAGCAUUUUAACUAGUUUGUCACAACAUGGUGGGGUUGGGAUUAUCUGUUUGCUUAACAGUAAAAAUAGCCUAAUCAGAAAUUUGCUAUUUAAUUGUGGUGAUGCUAACAAUGCAGUAUUUCACUUCAUAUUUUAAGUAAAAAAAAUGAUUUAAGAAAUUGGUUUUAAGAUAAUCCUUUUCAUCAAGGAAAGAAGAAUAGAAAAUUAAAAUUUUGUU